CCACCCAUAAGUUAUCACGGCGAAGGAUUAGAACCGAUGCCGUAUGAAAGUAUUAUGUUUAAAUUGAAAGUAGCCUCUACCGCUCUUAUCAUCGUCGAAAAUCUCGAGAGGAGAGGAUACGAGCUGAACCGAAGCGAUGCCCUGACGAUCAUGAAAUCUUUCGUUCAGUUCGAAUUGUUCGAUACGUUUGAGGAUUUGGAUCAACGUCAGCCAUGGUACGACGACGACGAGUUUGUGAAUAAAUCCAAAGAAAUAAUGAUGAAUUCGCGUCUGUCGCUCUACGACCUUAUCCGGCUACGACCCGAAGAGGCGGAAAAAUCGCUCACGUAUACCGAGUAUUUGGAAUUUGCACGUUCGAACGAUAGGUCGGAGUUUUUUGGAACGCAUAAAAAGGCCUGUGCUGAGCACCUGUGCGAGAAACUAGCUAGAGGAAUUUUCCGGUCCUGGGCAUUGGAUUCUUUCUUGAAGCUGACGAAGUACAGAUUUCCAAUUCUUUGCUGCGAAAUGAUCAUCGACAAUCUGAAGAACAAGGAUUUGUUGAAUGUUUGCUUAGCUGGAAGUUUUGUUGAAAGCAAAUCCAAUGCCGCUGCUUCUUCUGCUGGCGUGAGUCGAGAAAAAACGAAAGAAACGAAGGCCGAGUCCAAACCAACAAUUUCCACACUCUGUAGGAGGAGGUUAAAGAAGACUGUUAUGAAACCUCCCUCGUGGUUGAUCCUGAAAGAGGAAGAAGUAGCUGCGCCGACGGACGAAGCUGCUUCUGCUGUUGCGCUCGCGACGAUCGAGAACAACAAGUAGAG